AUGACAUUCAUUCAUCACUUCCCAACAAAGCUAGAACCAGACACUAACACGUAAUAAGUACGUGUUUUUAGCUCUGUAGUAUAUCACGGCUUAGUCUGGCCCUGUUAUUCGACGCCGAUCACCAGACUUAUCUUGUACAACCUUAGCCAAUCGUGGACAAUGCCUCAGACCGACCCCCAACAACCGUCGUUAGCUCCUAGAACUGGUCCCUUGCGCACUCUGUUACCAGCAGAAAGGAGAUCGCAACCAUCGCCGCCCCCUCUGAAACGCAGUAUAACACAGCGCAGGCUCAAUCCUGUCCUCGCUGCUUGCGAGCCAUGUCGUAAACACAAGGCCAAGUGCUCUGGAGAGAGGCCAGUAUGUCGUCGCUGUCUUCAGCGCAAAUUCGCCUGCAACUAUGUUACGCGACCAGGCGAAACUCGCUCACAGGCACUAAACCGAUGUUCUCACGAGGCCUGUGAGGGCUCGAGUCAACGCUCAAGUAUCUACGAGGAACUCAUCGGGCUGUUGAAGAACCUACCGGAUCGGGAUGCCCAGGCCAUCCUGCAAAGGCUCAGGUCGGGAACAGACGUCGCAUCAGUCCUCACUCAGGCCAGAGCAGGCGAUGUAUUACUUCAGAUGGCCGUCGUUCCCGAGACACGAUUACGAUACGAGUUUCCAUACAGGUCGGAGAUGCCCAAAGAGUUUGAACUCAACAAUCCUUAUUUGAACUCAAUGCUGUAUGAAACGGCCUCUCUCUAUUCUCAACACCAUACAUCAGAGACAAACGUGCCCGGAUAUCUUGAUAGUCUGGGUUCCGAAGAGCAAAGAAGCCUUUACUUGAAGCCCUUCCAUGCAGCGCAAGUAUUCGAUCCUCUACUUUCCGACGUCAAAGUCUCAGCGUGGACCAGCGUCUGUGACGACGACAAGCUCAUGCGAGACCUUUUAAGUGUAAUUUUCCGUUGCGAGUACCAUUUCACAGCAGCCUUUCACAAGGACUUAUUCCUGGAUGACAUGGCAGCGCGUCGCAAAGACUUUUGUUCUUCACUGCUUGUCAACGUAACUCUUGCCUAUGCUUGCGUCUGCUACCCUAAUUUCACCAACCGUGUCGAGUAUUGGAAUCCGAACACUCUUGUCUAUCGCUUCAAUGCCGAGGCCAAGCGACUAUGGGAGCUGGAGGCUUCUAUCCCGUGUAUGACUACCAUCCAGGCAGGUAUCCUUUUUAGUGUGUUUCAUAAUCUCUGUGGGCUAGACGAAGUUGGGAAACCUUAUAGGGUACAUGCUGUGGCUUUGGCAAACCAGCUUCGCAUCUUCGACACCAUCGACAUUGAUCAGAGCAAGAGGAUACAGAGGGGCACGCAAAACCUGGCUUGGGCUAUGUACAACUGGGAAACUCUCUCUGCUUUCUCGUUCAUGCUGUCGCCGCUCAUCAAGGAGCCACCAAAAUGGCCGCUUCCAGAUCCUUCAGAAGAUCCGUCGUGGUAUGGCGAAAUAUGGGUCAAAUACCCAUUAAAUCACGGCCUUUCACCGAUGUAUCUUGGGGAAGUUAUCCAUGCUCGGAGCCAGUUUCGGAUCAUCAUGAAUGAGUUUUGUGACGCAGCAUACUCAGAAGGUUCCAAGGUAGGAGUUAACCUGGCGUAUCAGUUCCGCGAAAGGCUGCAAGAAUGGUACGAAAACUUGCCCGCAUCUCUAACUCCAAGAAGGAUUGCUCUUCCUGGGCAGCUACAACUACAUAUGUACUAUCACCACUUACUACUGACGAUCUUCGAGCCUCUUGACGAUGCAGAAACGACUCAAGAGCCUUCUCCACAGCGUAUCGUAGCCGACUCGAACAAGAACAUGCAGACACUUGUCAGACUGUACUACCUCCGACAUGGUUUUGAAGCAAUGGACCUCUUCAUCGUCGUCCCUUUGAUGGCGAUGGGCUAUGACAGCGUAGAUGCCAUCAAGGAGGAUACGCCAACAGAACAAAUUGAGUUGCUACGAUCGACUCUCAUUCUGAUAGCCCAAGGCCUCUACUACCAACGAAGAAACCACUACUUGGCGCAAGCACUUUUCCGAGUCAUUCGAGGCAAAAUGCGCCCGCAGGAGAUAGGCUUACUGAAGAGUUCGAUGGCGUUGGACAAAUACGAGACUGAUCCAGAGCCAGAGAUGGCAGUGGCUGUUCGAAGUCACUGGCCAGUGAGCGUUGUUAAGAAGCAUGAGGACAUGGAGUCACAUAUCCUGACCAAUCUGGUGGAGAACUUUGGUCGUGUCAAUGUUGAGGAAAUCCCAUGAUGUCUUUUGGGCUGAGACGAUAGAUGGAUGCUAGGGGAUGGAGGUAAGAAAGG